AUGGGCGAGGGGAGGAUGAGUAUGACAGGCCGAUACCAACUAGAAUUCAAAUCUGUAUGCCAAGAGUUUGAUCAACUUAUUCAGGUGGCCAGAGAGGAUUCUUCGAACAAUUGCUAUUUCAUUCCAUUGGCUAGGAAUCGUAGGUAUUGGCGUACGUAUAUUCGCUCGUGUCUCGUAGGAAAGUCUAUCGAUGAAGGGAAGCACCCUCGCCCAAGGAAAAGGAUGCACUUUCGAAAGCAGGCUCGAACAGGUGAGUUGGUUGAGCAGAGAGGCAAGUCAGUAAGUCCAACCUUCAUUGUUGAAGGAACUGCGGGUUAA